AUGUCAAGUGACGCCACCCCCGCUCUCGAGCCCGCCGUCGCUGCAGCGGUCAUCGACGCUGCCCACUCGGUCGACCUCUUCCUGCUCAUCUCCCCGCCACGAAACUCGGCUGCCUUAAUGAGCAUCAUGCAAGGGCCCGAAGGGUUCAACCAGACGUUCUGGAGAUCUGGUCUCACAGCGUCCUUUCUGAUCCUCGAGCGCGCCCUCCUGACGGCCUUCAUCGAGCGCAAGAUGGCACACGAGGCAAAGUUUCGAUGUGAUCUGAGGGAGUACAUAUCCGAUGUUCACAUGCCCGCCAUCCUCUUCAACUUUCCAGGAGCGCCAGUGCUUGAGGACGGCGAAAAGGCCAAAGCUGCACUCUUUCACGCUUACCUGGGCCUAAUGCUCAGCCUGCGUCCCGAAGCAACGGACAAGGCCCUCGAGAAGAUAUACCUACGCCUCGUCGAGGCGGCCAUAGCUGCACAUCAGCCAUGCUCAGAAGGUAUCGAGAAGGAAGAAGAGAUGGCAAAGAUGCUCAGAUAUACCUUGAGCUACGUCGACGUCCUCAACAAAUCGGAAGAGGAGCGUGAGGCGGCGCUGAGCUCUUUAGCCGGACUUUCCGCGUCCAUGCUGAAGCACUUUGUAAAUACGACUGUGAAAGUCGUUGGAGAGGCAGUGGAGCAAGACCGCGCUGCGCAGGCCGCGGCUAGAAAGCCAGCGAGCUGUUUUAUAAUGUGA